CACACACGCUCCCUCACUUUUCGUGGGAGAAAGUAGGAAGGGGGAGAAAGAAAGAGAAAGGAGAGAGAGUGAUUUCAGGUCUCUCUGCUCUCUCCGUGGUGGGUACUCAUAUCCACUCCGCUGACUCAAUGGAGCUUUAGCACUAGGGAUAUAAAAUCAAUAUUUAUUGCCCGUACCCCUUUUACUAUUUAAAAUUUGUACAUAGCAUAGGUAGAUAUAGGUCACUUAUUAAAGAAGCGUUAAGGAGAGGUAAAAUACGUCUCCAGAGGCGAACCUUUUUCUUCAUUUUUUGCCUCACAGAAGGUCCAGUCGAAACUCUCUUCGACUGACUUUCUGUGAGAGAGGAUAUCUAAUUUGAACAUAUCCUACCUUAUAGUCCAGCGUCAAACAACUAAAAAACUAUGGAUAUUCGAGAUUGCCCCUUUCGGAAGAAGCGGAGACCAUGGCCCUUGGACUUUUCCUCUUUUGCCUUGGUAACCCUGGUGCUCGCGCUGUGCCAACUACCAGUGGCUCGGGCAGAUCCAGUGGAUGUGUUGCGGAUGCUGCAGCUGCCCUCUCUCCCCGAAGGGGUGCGGAAGGUUCCAGGCUUCUGCACCUCCCGCCGUGCCGGCUCCGCUGACCAUGCCUACCGUAUCACCAAGAAGGCCCAGAUCUCUGCCCCCACCAGUCAACUCUUCUCAGGUCGUUUCCCAGAGAACUUCUCCAUCAUGGCUCUGGUCAAGGCCCAUGCGGGCCUCCAGGCCUUCCUGUUGUCCAUCUACAGUGAGCAGGGUGUCCAGCAGCUGGGUGUGGAGCUGGGACGCUCCCCCGUCUUCCUGUACGAGGACCAGACCGGCAAGCCCGCCCCCGAGGACUACCCCCUCUUCAGCGGCGUCAACCUGGCCGACGGCAAGUGGCACCGCAUCGCUAUCUCCGUGUCGAAGAAGAACGUCACCCUGCUCCUGGACUGUAAGAAGCGCAUGACCAGGGCCCUGCCCCGCAGCAACAGCCCCGUGGUGGAUACCAAGGGCAUCACCGUGUUCGGAGCACGCUUGCUGGACGAUGAGGUCUUCCAGGGCGAUAUCCAACAGCUGCUGAUCGCAUCCAACCCUCAGGCUGCUUAUGACUUCUGUGAACACUACAGCCCCGACUGUGACUCCCCCUUACCCAAGACCCAGUCCCAGGACCCCAACACAUACAAGGGUGCCAAGGGCAAUGCUGACAAACGCAAACCUGUGGUAGUUAAGACAGACAAACCUAUAGUCGUGAAGGCAGACAAACCUAUAGUUGUGAAGGCAGACAAACCUAUAGUCGUGAAGGCGGCCAAACCUAUAGUCGUUAAGGCGGCCAAACCUAUCGUCGUUAAGUUAGAAAAACCUGUAGUCGUUAAGGCGGACAAACCUAUAGUCGUUAAGGCUCCCAAACCUGUAGUAGUUAAGUCGGCAAAACCUGCCUCAUCCAAACCUGCGAAAGCAGAGCAUGCCAAAAUUGAGGCCACAGCCAAACCAGCUAAACCUGCUGCCACCAAGCCCACCAAAGCCAAGCUUUACCCGGCGAAACCAGCCAAAGCCAAACCUACUGCAAUUGAAGUUCUCCUGAACAAGAUCAAACCCACUACAGUCACACCAGUGGCCAAGUCCACACCUGCUGCGAAAAAGGCAGAAAAAAAAGUAAAUGGCAAACCUAUAGUUGAGAAGAAAGUAAAUGGUGAGGCCAAAAUCAAUGGCAAUGCCAAACCUAUAGUUGGGAAGAAAGUAAAUGGUAAUUCCAAGGUCAAUGGCAAACCUGUAGUUGAGAAGAAAGUAAAUGGUGAGGCCAAAGUUAAUGGCAAUGGUAAAUCCGCUGAGGAUAAGAAAGUGAGUGGUAAUGGCAAAAGCGGCAGUGACAAAAAAGCUAAUGGCAAUACAGAAGCAGCAAAACCUGAAACCACUAAAGCCCAGACCAAAAAAGAAGUCGCUGAAGUUAAAGUAGAAAAAACUGUGGUCAGCAAAGUGAAACCAGCAAAAGCAGAAACCAAAGUAGUGGUAGCAAAAACCGAAGUCAAAGUUAAAGUAGUAAAAACCGAGGUCACAAAGGUUAAGGAAGCGAAAACCGAGAUCACUAAAGUCAAACCAAGAGAGUCAGUUGUCAUCAAAGUUCCUCCCUUCCUCAAACCUGCACCGAAGAAAGAGCUGCCAAGCCCACAACCUGCUUCCCCUAAGCCAGAGAGAACCAAGGUGGUGCUUGAUGUAAAUAACGUCAAAUCGAUGACCCAAAAAAUGCCUCCCUUCGGCAAGACUGCAUACAGUGGCACCGUCGUCCCUGUGCCGGAAAAACCAAAGAAGAAAACGGGCAACGGUUAUCAACAGGAUGUAGAAACUGCAAAUUCUGAGGCUGGCCACACCCCUACAGAGACGGAUUAUUAUUACGAGGAGGCAGUCCUACAGCCAGAGAGUGAGGUGAUUGGACAAGAAGGGACCACUGGCCAGGUGGAGGAGACAUUGGUGGCAGAGGAGGUAGAUUUGGCCAAGGCAGGUGGUGAGGUCGAGGCCUUCACUGAGGAGUAUGUGACUGGAGACCUGGGCAUGAAGGAAUACGACUAUUCCUACAAGGACUACAACGAGCCUCUGCCCGAAGGAGAGACUGACAGCUACAUGGGCCCCGCCCUGUCCGCUGUGACAGACGAGGGAGGCGCCUCAGUGAGUGCCGUAAAAGGAGAGAAGGGAGAGCCUGCUGUCCUUGAGCCUGGUAUGUUGAUUGAGGGACCUCCAGGACCAGAGGGACCGGCAGGUCUCCCCGGACCUAAUGGCCCAUCUGGCCCUCCUGGCUCUGUUGGUGAUCCUGGCGAGAGGGGAAUCGCUGGAAAGUCUGGUAUCCCUGGUGCCGAUGGCGUCCCUGGCCCCCCCGGAACGUCUGUCAUGCUGCCCUUCCGUUUUGGAAGCAGUGGAGGAGACAAGGGUCCCAUGGUCUCACAACAGGAAGCCCAGGCUCAGGCCAUUCUGUCUCAGGCCAGGCUGGCUCUCAAGGGACCACCUGGACCGAUGGGCUACACUGGACGCACAGGACCUCUGGGUACCCCUGGAAGUUCUGGUCUGAAGGGUGAGAGUGGGGAUCCUGGACCUCAGGGCCCCAGAGGACCACAGGGUUUGAGCGGCCCUCUCGGCAAAUCAGGAAGAAGAGGUCGUGCUGGAGCUGAUGGCGCCAGAGGCAUGCCAGGAGAGGGCGGGCCUAAGGGUGACCGUGGUUUCGACGGCCUGCCUGGAUUGCCCGGAGACAAAGGACACAGGGGUGAUACUGGAGGAUUGGGACCCCUAGGAGGUCCUGGAGAGGACGGAGAGAGGGGAGACGAUGGAGACAUCGGACCCAGAGGACUUCCAGGUGAACCCGGACCUCGUGGUUUGCUCGGGCCUAAAGGUCCGAACGGAAUCCCCGGCCCUCCUGGUGUGCGUGGAAACGACGGUCCCCACGGUCCUAAAGGAAACCUGGGUCCCCAAGGAGAGCCAGGGCCCCCAGGGCAGCAGGGUACCUCAGGAACACAGGGAACGCCAGGGCCACAGGGAGCCCACGGCCCCCCAGGAGAUAAGGGCCCCACAGGAAAACCUGGUCUGCCAGGAAUGUCCGGAGCCGACGGCCCCCCUGGUCACCCAGGAAAGGAGGGACCUGUUGGCACCAAAGGAAACCAGGGUCCCAACGGUCCUCAGGGAACUAUUGGCUAUCCUGGCCCUCGUGGCAUUAAGGGAACUCAAGGUAUCCGUGGGCUGAAUGGUCACAAAGGAGAGAAGGGAGAAGAUGGCUUCCCUGGAAUUAAAGGAGACUUUGGUGUCAAGGGGGAGAGAGGAGAGGGUGGAGUGCCCGGCCCCAGAGGAGAGGACGGUCCUGAGGGGCCAAAGGGUCGUGUUGGGCCCCCUGGCGAGCUCGGGCCCAUCGGUCUGGUUGGAGAGAAGGGUAAACUUGGUGUUCCUGGACUUCCUGGCUAUCCUGGAAGACUUGGACCUAAGGGCUCCCUCGGUUUCCCAGGAUUCCCUGGAACCAACGGCGAGAAGGGAACAAGGGGUCUGAUUGGAAAGUCUGGACCUAGAGGACAAAGAGGACCAACGGGCCCCAGAGGUCAGAGAGGGCCAAGAGGGUCUACUGGGAAAUCAGGAGCCAAGGGUACAUCAGGAAGUGACGGCCCAUCUGGUCCACCAGGAGAGAGGGGACUGCCCGGACCUCAAGGAGCAAACGGUUUCCCAGGGCCAAAGGGACCUCCCGGACCACCAGGAAAGGAUGGACUGCCCGGACACCCGGGACAGAGAGGAGAAGUUGGAUUCCAAGGAAAGACUGGGCCACCCGGGCCUCCAGGUGUUGUUGGACCUCAGGGUCCCUCAGGAGAGACUGGCCCCCUGGGCGAGCGCGGUCACCCCGGGCCUCCAGGACCACCAGGCGAGCAGGGACUCUCCGGACCAUCUGGCAAGGAGGGAACGAAGGGAGACCCUGGUCCCCUAGGCGGCCCCGGGAAAGACGGCCCCUCAGGACUGAGAGGCUUCCCUGGAGAGAGAGGAAUGCCUGGCACCCCGGGAGGUGGCGGACUGAAAGGAAGUGAAGGCCCAGCAGGACCUCCCGGAACAGCUGGAUCCCCAGGUGAGAGAGGACAGGCAGGCAGCGGAGGUCCCAUCGGACCCCCAGGAAGACCCGGCCCCCAGGGGCCUCCGGGACCAUCAGGAGAGAAGGGAGUGCCUGGUGAGAAAGGUCCGAUCGGCCCAGCUGGGCGUGACGGUGUCCAGGGCCCAGUGGGUCUGCCAGGUGCAGCCGGAUCCAUCGGAGUUCCAGGAGAGGACGGAGACAAGGGUGAGGUUGGAGAGCACGGCCAGAAGGGAGCGAAGGGCGGCAAAGGAGAGCAUGGUCCUCCCGGUCCACCAGGGCCAAUGGGUCCACUCGGUCAACCCGGCACUGCUGGAGCUGAUGGAGAACUAGGAGCCAGAGGUCAGCAGGGGCCAUUUGGAGCCAAGGGAGAUGAAGGAUCAAGAGGAUUCCCAGGGGCCCCAGGUCCUAUUGGACUGCAGGGAUUGCCAGGCCCAUCAGGAGAGAAGGGAGAGACUGGAGAUGUCGGACCAAUGGGUCCACCUGGCCCCCCAGGACCCCGUGGCCCUGCUGGUCCCAGCGGUGCUGACGGUUCUCAAGGUCCUCCUGGUGGUCUGGGUAACCCUGGAAACCUGGGAGAUAAGGGAGAGCCUGGUGAAGCUGGACCGCCUGGAAUCGGAGGAGAGCCAGGAAAGAAGGGCCCACGUGGAGAGCACGGUGACAAGGGAGAGGCGGGACAACCUGGUGCUUCUGGACCUGCGGGUGGAAGAGGAGGCCCUGGAGACGACGGACCCAAAGGAAACCCUGGCCCUGUUGGUUUCCCUGGCGACCCCGGUCCCCCUGGUGAACUCGGUCCCAGAGGUCAAGAUGGAGCAAAGGGAGAGAGAGGAGAGGACGGUGAACAAGGACAAGCUGGAUCUCCAGGACCCACUGGUGAGAAUGGACCUCCUGGUGGACCUGGAAAGAGGGGUCUUGCUGGAACGAGAGGACCAGAGGGACGACAAGGAGAGAAGGGAACUAAGGGAGACUCAGGUGCUAACGGACCACCAGGAAAGACAGGCCCCGUCGGACCUCAGGGUCAACCAGGGAAACCAGGAACGGAGGGUCUGAGAGGACUCCCUGGAUCAGUGGGCGAACAAGGUUCUCCAGGCCUUGCCGGCCAGAAGGGACCUCCCGGACCACUGGGACCACCAGGCUUGCCAGGACUGCGCGGCGAGGGCGGUGACAAGGGAGAGAAGGGCCACUCAGGUCUGAUCGGUCUGAUUGGGCCCCCCGGAGAGCAGGGAGAGAAGGGAGACAGGGGACUGUCAGGGCCACAGGGGACACACGGGUACAAGGGAGAGACUGGUGUCUCUGGAGGUACUGGACCUAUCGGUCCUGGUGGUCCUGCUGGCAUGCCUGGUCCCCAAGGUGUCAAGGGAGCUAAGGGUGCUACAGGAGGAGGUGGUCCCAAGGGAGAGAAGGGUGUCUCAGGACCCCCCGGGCCUCCAGGUCCUCCAGGCGACGUCAUCCAGCCGCUGCCCAUCCAAAUCGCCAAGAAGUCCAAACGCUCCAUCGAUGCCAGCCGGAUGCUGUCCGAGACAGACGCAGAAGCGGUCGCAGCUGACGCCACCGGCACAGAGUUCCUGACAGGCAGUGAAGGCAUGGAGGAGAUCUUCGGCUCACUGAACUCGCUGCGACAGGAGAUCGAGACCAUGCGCUUCCCUCUGGGCACCAAGGACAGCCCUGCACGCACCUGCCAGGACCUGAAACUCGGCCAGCCAGAGCUCAAAGACGGAGAGUACUGGAUCGACCCCAACCAGGGUUGCUCUCGCGACUCUCUGAAGGUGUUCUGUAACUUCACCGCUGGUGGGGAGACCUGCCUGUACCCCAGCAAGAGCGUGGACAUGGUAAAGCUCAGCUCUUGGACCACGGAGAAACCAGGCUCCUGGUACAGUGAGUUUGCAACUGGCAGCAAGCUGUCGUACGUGGACUCUAAUGGCGAGCCGAUCGGCGUGGUCCAGUUGGGCUUCCUGCGGCUGCUGAGUGUCCAGGCCCGCCAAAACCUCACCUACCACUGCCAUCGCUCCGUGGCCUGGGCCGACCGCACGGCCAAUAACGGCCACAAGAGGGCGCUACACUUCCAAGGCGCCAACGAUGAGGACCUCAGCUACGAGACCAGCCCAUACAUCAAGGCCCUGGUUGACGGCUGUUCUUAUCGUAAGGGCUUCGACAGGACAGUGGUGGAGGUGAACACACCCCAGGUGGAACAGCUUCCUCUGCGGGACCUCAAGAUCACAGACUUUGGGGAGAGCAACCAGAAAUUUGGCUUUGAAGUGGGACCUGUCUGUUUCCUGGGCUAAAACACCGUGCAGAGAAAUGACAAACACCUACACAUAUAGAAUAUACACUUACACUGAUGAACACACACACACACAUACACAACACAAACAUUAACAUACCAAUAUACAGUACAUGUCCAGUAAUUUGCAAAUGUAUUUCAUGAUAUCAAGCUCAUUCCCGACCAUAUAUAUAUAUAUAUAUGUGUGUGUGUGUGUAUGUAUAUAUAUAAUAUAUAUAUACAUAUAUACACACACACACACACACACACACACCCACACACACACACACACACACACACACACACACACACACACACACACACACACACACAGUUGUAAAACAGACAUGCACUCAGUCAAGUACAUGCCCAGGGGAAAACAUCUCCCAAAUAGAAAUGGACGACAAGAGAAAAGUAGAACACAAACAUUCUCACGAAGAGGAGAACAAAGAUCGAUUGCGAGAACGAGAGAUGGAGUUCUGACCGUUAGCAGAAUAAAACCGUGUUCUUUUCCAACGAACAGCUGGCCCAAAGAGCCGUCUCCUCCUUCCGUACACGCCAGAGCCCACCGUCGCGGACCCCCCUCUCACUCCUCUCUCCUUCCCGCUGUCUCUCUUUCCAGUUGUCUCACCCACUCUACCUCUCUGCAUUGCCUUCCCCACACACUUGUACAUCUUCUGCGUCUAAGCCCCGCCCCAUCCUACGCCUCACCACAUUAAGGGGAAACCAAUGAAUGAAUAGGAGUUCCACGAAGAGCAUGGAGGACCGGAAAACAGACGAGCCUGUAGCCAACCAAGCCUGACGAAACAGAGACGUCCAUGUUGUCUAGCUAAGUUCAUGUUCUAUUCAUCUCCACAGUGAAAUUCUGUCCCAAACAACUAUAUCAGCCUAGUUAUCCUAAAGCUGGUCAAAUAUACUAGAGGCGGGUGAAUAGAAACGGUGCUUUGUAGAGAUGGAGUGGAGGCAAAGCUGUGAGGUCUCUAGUUUUAUCGCGGCUUUAACCUAAGAUGUGACUAUGAACAUCUCUUUGCUCAGUACUGUAAUAAUAAAGUCCUAACAGAAACGUACUGUCUCUGAACUGUAUGGCUGUUUAUUAUUGGGCCAAUAAUGUUGCAUGCAAUGGGACGGAAGGGUGUCUUUGCCUUCUCCAAGGACCAAUGAAUCAAAAGCCAUUCACCUUGUAAAUUGUACUGAACUUGAUGUGUGGUACAUGUAUUAUUAAUCAUUGUUACAACUGUCAUACACAGGCCAGAACUGUAGUUCCUAGACCAGCGAAUAGGCCAGAAUGCCAUCAAACCAGUCCAGUAUUUACAGGUGCGAUGCCUGGAAUUUGAUUCUUGUUUUAUGUAGAACACAGGGUUACAUCCCAGGAUUGUGUGACAUUCCGUCUCUUUUCAAGCAGGGAAGGUGUCCGGGUUAAAUAUGUGUAUGAGCUUAAUAGAUGACGGCCAAAAGUUCUCUCUUACAACGGUGAAUAAAUGCAUGCUUUCAAAAACUGUGGCAAGGUGCUAAUUAUACCAAAGCGUUCAUAUAUUCAGCGUGAAUAAUUCAAGUUUGUCUCCAUCACAGCCACAUGAUGCUGUCACCAGUUCUCCUACUGGAUAUGUGCAUUAGAAUCCAUUUGUACAGACAUAGUGAAAUUCUAUUGUAUUUAUUGAAAUCAAACAAGGUGCUUCAAACAACGACAAGCCAAAUAUGCCAGUCGAAUGUGGUAUUUCAUUUUGUAUUUAUUUCCUGUAGUGCUCACUUGAUGGUUAAAACAAUUAAAUACAUAUUAAACAAAGACUAACCCGAGUUAUCUGUGCACACCCCAUUGGUCUAUGCAUGUCAACUGGUGAAAAAGAAAACAUAUCAUUUGUGGCCAUAUCUCAUUGUAACCCUUUAGCAAUCAUCAACUGUGCUGUUACGAUUAAAUGGGGACUCUCCAAUGUUGUCACAUUUCAUUGCGGUUUGCCAAUGCUGCGCUGCGCUGUGCUGCAGGAGUAUGGCGUGGGCGACAAACAGACACCGGGAUUCUACGGUUGUGAGAACACAGUGGGCAGGGGACAGCUAGCGGGAGGGAGAGAAAAUUCUAGCAACCACCUGGGGAAGAAUUAUUACGAUUUUGUUUAUAAGUAAGUAAUGUAAUGUGGCUAUGGGGUUGAAUAUCAUUAUGGGUAUUUUGGGUUGUUUUUCUUUUGAUAUUGCAGAGAAGGGGGGGGGGGUGACCUAAACUCAACCAGAGGUGAAAAAAUAAUUACCUUGUGAUUCUCGAGAGAAAAUCGCAUCUAUUGGUUAGUUUUAUUGUUAAAGACAAAUGUUUCAACAAAAUAUGGUGCUGAAAAGAGAAAAAGUAUUAUUUUAUGUAAGUAUUUUUUUUUUUAAAUGUUUGUUUCUGUAAUAUAUAAUCUUUUUAAAAAGAGCUGCUCGACUCCCUUGUUAUUUUUUCUUAGUCCCUCUCCUGUUUCAUUCUCUCUCAACUGGCUGGUGUUGCAUGUUGCCCGGGGCAACACAAUAGCUAGAAUUUUUUCAAUUUGAUUCCUCUCGUCUUGCUGCGUACAGCGGCCCAGACGGCUGAAUACAACCACAUCAUUCACAAAUCUCCAGUUAACUUACCACCUGUGUGUUAACACAGAAUCAGUCACAUCCCAACCUUAUUUCCACUAUUUAUCACCUCAACACCCCAAUAGAUCACUUCUAGUGUUUUCCCUCCAGUUUGAUUCUGAUCUGUGCCUGACUCCCUCUACAGUCCACUGCUCUCUUUCAUUUGUGUUUCAUUUUUAUGCCAAGUUUUCUGUUGGUUUUUAUUUUGCUUUAGUUUCACUGUCUUGGUUUUGUUCUUGGCUUGUUGUGUUUUCUGUUCGAAGUCUCCAAUUAAACCACAUGCCAACGCA